CGAUGGCAUACAGUCUUGUGGUUCCACCUCCAUCACAUUUUCACACUUCCACACAGUGAGUGUUUCCGUUACAUUUUAAACUAGUGAGCAUUUUUAUGUGUGUCAAGUCAACCAGCAUCAUUUGAUAUGAAUAUUCAAUUUUGAAGACUAUACUGUAUGUGUGAUAACCUAUAAAAUAUUGGUAUUUUUUUUAUUGGUAUUUAUGUGUCAAGAAAAUAUGAAAAUCAACUAUUUUUUGGUUGCAUUCUUCAUUCUUGCUACAGCUACAGUGGUAGCUGAGGAGCAUGGCCUCCAGUAUUCUAAGCCGCCAUCUUGCGUCCUCUCUGAGACCCAGCCUUGGGUUGUCUGCUUCAGGUAAGAGGAGAGAAACUUGUAUAUUAUUAUUUUUUUUAUCUUUAUUUUAACAGGGAAAAACAGACUGAGACCUGGAUCUCUUUAAUGGCUGUGCCCUGUGUAAACAUGUUGACAUGUACAGUUUUAGACAUACAGACAAGAACAUUUCAAACAUACAAAACAAAAACACAAUUCAACAGAAACAAUCACAGACAACAUCAUAUUGAUCCUCCAUAACAUUUUUAAAAUGGGCAAGGGACACCAGAGUGUCUAACUUAAGUUGGAUCUGCAGUUUGUUAAUAAUAUAAUAAUAAUAUGCCAUUUAGCAGACGCUUUUAUCCAAAGCGACUUACAGUCAUGCGUGCAUACAUUUUUGUGUAUGGGUGGUCCUGGUGAUCGAACCCACUACCUUGGCAUUACAAGCACUGUGCUCUACCAGCUGAGCUACAGAGGACCACAUGCUCUCUUGUUCCAUAAAUAAGGUGCAAAGGAACUGAAGGCAGUCCUACCCAACUCUGUGGAGACCACAGGAGUCUCUAAUGUAAUCCACAUCUGUGAUCUGGUUUUAAAAUUAGUAUAUCUAGUGGAAAUUAAUGAUGAUAUAUAUGGAGGUAGUUUUAAAAGAAGUGCUUUAUAAAUAAACAAGAAAGCAUGUUGCUCUCGCCUCACAGAUAGAGAGGCCCAACCCACAUGUUGAUAUAGGAAACAGUGAUGAGUUUUGUAACUAUCACCCGUGAUAAACCUGAGUGCACAAUGGUAAAUAGCAUCCAGUGGUUUUAAUGUGUUUGCCGAUGCAUGCAUAUAGAUAAUAUCACCAUAAUCUAAAACGGACAUAAACUUAUCAUAGUAGAUCUAUCAUUGUUGGUCCAUAGGACUGAAAAUGGAUGAAUGCAACAACCAUGUCUCUGUCACUAACAAAUUCAGUCAUGGGUGGUAACUCUACAAUUUACUCGAAAGGCAAGGCACUCUGGGAAAUAUUUAAAUUAGGCUUUACACUAAGCAGUGUGUUAAUUUAACACUGUUCCGGUGUGUAUAUGGGUCCACAGACUCCACACUUUCAGUGUUGAUUUAACACUCAGUGUAUAUUUAAAAAAUAUACACUGGAGAAUUUGCUGUGUAGUGAUAGGUAAUGCUGGCUUCUCACAUGCUAAUUACAGAAAGAUAGUACAUAUUUAACAUUAUGGUAAUAACUAAUAAGUUGAACACAAUGACAAUUAUAAGAAAGGAGAUUGUGGAAUGUCUGAGUUUCUGAAUGCAUAACUACAUUAUGUUGGAUGUUAAUUUUAUCACGCUGUUGCAGGAGAACUUUCCUGCAAUGCAGGAAAUGUAAAACUUGUAGUGUAUUUGAGGUUUUUAAAAACUUCUGAAGUUCGUAAUUUCCACUUUGAAAUUUCAGACUUGAUAUUCUCUUACAUAAAAUGGAUCAAGGUCCUACAAAAAUGUCCAUGAAUUAUCCUGUUGCUGCAGGAUUAUUUUCCUGCAGUAGCAUACUGACUCAAAUUAAGAUCCUACAUCUGUACUUUCUGUCAGUCAAACAAGCCUCAUGUCUUUGACCCCUACUGGCCAUUCAACUCGCCAGAACCAGACACAACUGGAAAACACAGUUGAUCAUUAAUGCCCACCUCUGCACUCUCCUCUUGUUCCCACUCAUUCCAUAUUAAUAUCUAGCUUCCUAUUUGUGAUUUGCAGUACUGUCUUGUGACUUCCCUCUGAUUGGAUGUGUUUUUGGUGUUGGCACAAAACUUUAUAACUCAAAUAACCCAUAGAAUCUCGUUCACAUUUUCCAUAGGAUACCGCCAUCAACAAACAACAGGUAAAAGAGUUGAGGAAGUUGAGUUUGAUGGUCCUUGUAUGAAGACUGAGGUUCCAGGGCCCAGAUCUAAGGUAACUCAAUAUGAACUCUCAACCAUGCCACAGCUAGGACCAGAUCUACUACGUUUAUCGCACUUUUGCAAAGGCAAGAAAAGUGACACUCUUAAAGCCAGUUUUAUUGGAUUGUUUUUCAUUCCCGUAUGGAAAAAACAAGUGCAAGCUAUGCACUACUGCAAAUGCUUAGUAAAUCUGUCCCUCACUAUAAUGUGCCAACUGUGUAGCAGUAAAAGUAUUGUUGUCUGUUAGUUUACUCCAAUCAGGGUAGGAGGGAUGGUAGGGGGAACAAACUAUACAUAUAUACAGUACCAGUCAAAAGUUUGGACACACCUACUCAUUCAAGGGUUUUUCUUUAUUUUUACUAUUUUUUAUAUUGUAGAAUAAUAGUGAAGACAUCAAAACUAUGAAAUAACACAUUUGGAAUCAUGUAGGAACCAAAAAACUGUUAAACAAAUCAAAAUAUAUUUUAUAUUUGAGAUUCUUCAAAUAGCCACCAUUUGCCUUGAUGACAGUUUUGCAAACUCUUGGCAUUGGACAUGGUUGUUUCUUAAGUACUGGUAGUAUCCAUUCAUCUCUACUGUUGUUUUCUACAGAUCCUAGCACGACAACUGGAUGGGAUUCAGGUUAGAAACACACAUAGCACGGCACUCAGAUUUAUAUGAUAUAAUAUAAAUGAAAUGUCAUGUCACUGGUAAAGGACUAAAAGAGAGGUGGUGAAGAGAUCCACAUCAUGAAACACCUAGUUUAUUCUCCUUGACCUCCUCUGUCCACAAGUCAUAUCAUAUCGGAUUUGUAUGAUGAUUCAUGUGCAAUGGCACCAGUGAAGAUAGCCUCUUCUCUGUCCCCAUUUGAACGUCUCUGUCCCCCUCUACAGAGUGUGGUCCAGGUGAACUUCUUCUGUGACUAUGAGGAGAGUAAAGGUAACUACCUGGUGGACGUGGAUGGGAACCGCAUGCUGGAUGUCUUCACCCAGAUCGCAUCCAUACCCAUAGGUGGGUAUUCUAUUCUAUUCUACUCUAUAGGACCCGGAGUUGUUCCUGGUCAGGUCACGUGGUCAGGAAAAUCUCUUGGCCACAAGGAUGAGUCAAAGCACUGAAAGACCCAAAUACUUCAAAUGUGAGUUUUUCCUCUCUGCGAUUUCCAGGAUACAAUCACCCAGCACUCACAAAAGUCAUGAUGGAUCCGAAGAAUAUGGUAAGCAGCAAAGUUGAUCUUGAGAAUUGAAAAACAUUAGAUUUGCCAUUGAUAACGUGUAACUAUUUUCUACAAUCUGUAUCAGGGAACGUUUGUCAACCGACCAGCUCUUGGGAUGAUGCCACCAGAGCAAUUCUCUGAGAAGCUUGUCAACGGCCUGAUGGCAGUAAGUUUGAUUUCAAAUACACCUCGGAAUAUAACAUCACAGUCUGUAUAACACAAUUACUAACCAUGCAUACAUUUUCAAGACAUAUCAGUACACAGAGGACCACAUUGGAAAUAUGUGUUCUAUGAUACUGUAAUGUUUUAUCCCCUGGACUUUGUACUUUAUCAACUGAUUCAAACCCAACAAUAAAUGGAGCUCAAGUGCUUACAUGACUGGUGCGCUUCCUCCAUUUGUCCACUAGGUGGCGCCCAAGGGCUUCAGCAGGGUCCAGACCAUGUCCUGCGGAUCCUGCUCCAAUGAGAACGCUUACAAAGCCAUCUUCAUCUGGUACAGAGUAAGGGCAGGACCAUGGAUAGUAACGCAUUUAUAAAGUGUAUAUUAAAUAUGGGCUUUAUAUAUAGCAGGCUUUUAUUCUAUGUAUUUCUUAGAACAAGAUGAGAGGAACUCCGGAACCAACUCCCGAGGAAGUAAGAACCAGUGUCAUCAACCAGGUAGGUUACUCACACUCCAUCACAACUCUCCUGUUUGUAAUUGAACCUUUUGUUAUAUAGGGCCAGCAAUUUCUCAGUCUGGUGUUCUCUUGUUCUUUUUCCAGGUUCCUGGCUGCCCUGACCUGACUCUUCUGUCCUUCAUGGGCGGAUUUCACGGAAGAACUCUGGGUAAGACUUGAAUAUGUACUUACAUAGUAAUUACUUAGGCGUAUACAGUCUGACUAGGGUACUGAGUGGGUACACAAAGUACUUCCAACUGGGAUGUAGGUAAUUGCAAUGCCAUACAUAGGUUUUAGAGCCACGUAAUAUAAAGUCUCCUAUUCUCCCAGGCUGCCUGGCCACCACUCACACCAAGGCCAUCCAGAAGCUUGACGUGCCGUCUUUUGACUGGCCCAUCGCCCCCUUCCCCCAGCUGAGGUACCCCCUGGACCAGUUCGAGAGGGAGAACGCACAGGAGGAGGCCCGUUGCCUGGAGGAGGUCUGAGUCUCUCUCUCUAGAUACAGUAUAAUUUCUUCCUAAUCUGCCCAUCCAACUGACUCUCAUCCAUCUAACUUUCAUCCAUCCCUUUGACUCAUCCCUCAUUCCUACUCAUCUUCCAACUCUUUUCAUCCAUCUGAAACUCAUCCUUCUUUUUUUUAAUUUUUCCAUCUGAACUAUCCUUUCUUUCUUUCUUCCCCCGACCCUCAUUCUUGCCUCUAUUCCUCUCAUCCCUUGUUCAAUCCCUCCCAUCUCAGGCGGAGGACCUGAUAGUGAAGUGGAAUCAGAAGGGUCGGCACGUGGCAGGGGUGGUGAUCGAGCCAAUCCAGGCAGAGGGAGGGGAUAACCACGCCUCCUUCGACUUCUACAGGAAGCUCAGGGAAAUCACCAAGAAGGUACAGUAAGGAUCCUUACUGGUUAUAGACAGAGUACAGAUCAUCUGUAUGGAUAUGAAUCAUACUGAUAGUAACUUAUUUGAUUCUCUUGAUUGUUAGUGAAAAUGAUCAAAAUAGUAGAUAUUGAGUAGGAUUCGUUUGAUUGAGACUUGGUAUAAGCCACCUACCAAGGUGUGUUUUGUCAAGUAAUUAUCUAAAUACAUUGACUGGUAUAUAAUAUGAAGCUAUCAAGGUACACUCAUCUAGAAAUCAGUCAUGUACUGUGUAAGUACAUUGUAACUAGUAUUCUUAUUACACAGGUCUCUAGUCAUUUCAACCUACUGACCGUUGACCUCUGUGUGUCCGUCAGCAUGGCUGUGCCUUCCUAGUGGAUGAGGUGCAGACAGGGGGCGGGUCUACGGGGAAAUUCUGGGCCCACGAGCACUGGGGAUUGGACGACCCCGCUGACAUCGUCUCCUUCAGCAAGAAGAUGUUGACAGGAGGGUACUACCAGAAAGACGGCUUUCAGCCUGACAAGGUAGUGUGCGUGUGGUACUUUUGUAUCAACCUUUUUACCGUAUUUUCUUUAUUUUCUGCUCUCUUCUUCUCUUCUCCUCUUCUCUCCUCCUCUCUUCUUAUUCUCUCCUCUCUUUCUCUUCUUCUCUCCUCUCUUCUCUCCUCUCUCUUCUCUCCUCUCCUCUCUUUCUCUUCUUCUCCAGCCGUUCAGGAUCUUCAACACGUGGCUUGGAGACCACACUAAGAACCUGUUGCUGACAGAGGUCAUAAAGGUCAUCAAGACAGAGAACCUGCUGGACCAGGCCAAGAGGUCAGGCAAGGUCAUGCUGGAGGGACUCUACGACCUACAGGUGAGUUAGGGUCAAAGGUUAGGAGUCACUGUUAGUGGAGUGAAGAAUGGUCACUGUUUAAUAUGUACUGUAUUUGUGUUAUAAGUAGAGGGAGAGUGGUCGUUUGUAGUUUGUGUGUAUGUUUUGUGUAUGUGUAACAUAGCAUGCAUCACCCCGCUCCUCUCUCUUCCAGGAUAAGUACCCCCACCUGCUCAGUAGAGCGAGGGGCAUCGGGACGUUCUGUGCCAUCGAUGUUAAGGAUGAAGACACACGCAACAGCCUCAUCCUCAAGGCCAGGAAUAAGGGUAAGAGUCUUAGCAUGUAGCACUGGCCAGGAAUAAGGGUAGGACUCUCAGCAUGUAGGAUGUGAUGAAUCCUCUAAAUCUAAAUACAAUUUGCCACAUGCGCCAAAUACAACAGGUGUAGACCUUACAGUGAAAUGCUUACUUACAAGCCCUUAACCAACAAUGCAGUUUUAAGAAAAAAAGUGAAGUAAAAAAUAGAUAGGUAUAAAAUAAUUAAAGAGCAGCAGUAAAAUAAAAUAACAGUAGGGAGGCUAUAUACAGGGGGUACCGGUACAGAGUCAAUGUGCGGGGGCACCGGUUAGUCGAGGUAAUUGAGGUAAUAUGUACAUGUGGGUAGAGUUAAAGUGACUAUGCAUAGAUAAUAAACAGAGUAGCAGCAGCGUAAAAGAGGGGGUGGGGUGGGGUAAGACUCUUAGUAUGUAGGAUGUGAUGAAUCCUCUAGGCCAGGAAUAAGGGUAAGACUCUUAGCGUAGUCCCCUGUAGCUCAGUUGGUAGAGCAUGGCACUUGCAACGCCAGGGUUGUGGGUUCGUUUCCCACGGGGGGCCAGUAUGAAAAUGUAUGCACUCACUAACUGUAAGUCGCUCUGGAUAAGAGCGUCUGCUAAAUGACUAAAAUGUAAAUGUAAUUAAUAAACUAAAAGAAUAACAAGACUAUCAAUUUAGCAAGAUUAUCAAAUUAUUCAAGGGUAUGCUGGACAAUAUACAGCAUAAGAAUCUUUACUAGCUUAGUAUUGAUAAGGUACAUCCAUAUCACUUACAUUCAAUAGUACUAUCAAGUGAAUCGUUGAAUUGUUAGUAAAGAAUGAAUACUAUUUAUGGCGUUGUUUUGUUGUUCCAGGUGUGGUUCUAGGGGGCUGUGGAACCCAGUCUAUCCGGUUCCGACCAGCUCUAGUGUUCAAGGAACACCAUGCUCAUCUCUUCCUGGAUAUCUUUAAUGACGCUAUCGCUGAGCUCAAGUAGAGAGUCUACACAGGAAUCCAUGGAGGCCCUGCUCAAACAGACCCAUACACUGUCAAUCUACAUUAAAGAGGUUGACUCUCCUCCAACAAAUGUAUUUAUAAAACCCUUUUUACAUCAGCAGAUGUCA